AUGUUAUUUUACGGCCCCCCUGGAACCGGAAAAACCUCUACUAUACUUGCGCUUGCAAAAGACCUUUUUGGUCCUGAUCUUAUGAAAACACGCGUUCUUGAGCUUAAUGCAUCUGACGAACGCGGAAUUUCCAUUGUAAGAGAAAAAGUAAAAAACUUUGCAAAAAUAGCAAUUUCUCAGGUUUCAGCUACUGCUCGUGAAAAAUAUCCAUGUCCACCAUAUAAAAUUGUUAUCCUUGAUGAAGCCGACUCUAUGACAUCUGACGCUCAGUCCGCAUUAAGACGUACAAUGGAGUUGUACUCUGAUACCACGCGCUUUUGUCUAAUUUGCAAUUAUGUUACUCGUAUCAUUGAUCCUAUUGCUUCACGCUGUGCAAAAUUUCGUUUCAAGUCACUUGAUGAAACUAAUGCUCUUUAUCGACUCGAAUUUAUAGCGCAAAAAGAAUCUUUAAAAUAUGAACCUAAGGUCCUCGAAUUUUUGCUCAAAAUUUCUGGAGGUGAUUUACGCAAAGCCAUUACUUUUCUUCAAUCAGUUGCACGACUUACGACUGUCCCGAUACCUAAUGAAACUUUAAAUGAUAUUAAUCUUGCCGAUCAAGAUGGAGAUGUUAUUAUGGCUGAAGAUUCUAAAUCCACACCGCCUUCAAUUACUGUAAAAAUGAUACAAGAAAUAGCAGGUGUUAUCCCUGAUGAUGUCAUUGAUUCCAUUAUUAUUUCAUGUACUUCUAAAAGUCCAUCAAAUAACUCUGCAGCAGAUUUUGGUUCCAAAGUUUUCAAAAAUGUUUUGGAUUUAACUGAAAAAAUCAUGUUGGAUGGGUGGAGUGCAACCCAGAUUCUUGCUCAACUUCAUGACAGAAUAAUAUUUGAUGAUAACUAUAGUUCUUCUAAAAAAAUUAAAUUUUCUUGGGUAAUUUCAGAGGCGGACAAACGAUUAUCGGAUGGCACCGAUGAAUAUUUAGAAGUGCUUAAUGUUUUAGCAAAAUUCGCCAUAUAUUUUUAUAAUUAG